GGAAUCCUGGAAGAGCAAAAGGUGAGACAGUAGGUAGUGGGAGGAGAACAGCAAGCGCAAUCGAUCAAUGAUUGAUCAUCGAGCGUUGCCAUAGAGAGGGCAAGAGAAGAGGAAGAGUUCGUCUAUCACCUUUGCGUCCAUCCACAGGGCAGGCAGGGAGGCAGGGUGAAGGAAGGCAGACUCUGAGACAGAGGGCAGAGGGACGGAGAAGGAGAAGGAGGCGGAGGAGGAGAGGGAAAGAGAGACGCAGGGAGGAUCUGAGGGGGAGAGGGAGAGAGCGAGAGAGUGGACAUUAAAUGGUGGAAGCUGCACUCAUCACCUCGGUAAGUGGAGAUCAUCGCAUGCUGUGUCAGGAGCCACACGAGGGGGAAAGGAAAGUCUGGAAGGGAAGGGCGAGGUCGUCGACUGGCGUGCAUGGAGUUUGGAAUCUGAGCAUUAUAUCAUCUUGUAUGAGACGAACACCUGUGGAGCUAGCGGAAUGAAGAGGAAUUGACGAAGGAUCCAGCGAGUCCAAGCCCUUGCAACCUUCAGUUCUGAGCGAUCGCUCGAGCUGUGACGAAAAUUCGAAAAUCUAUCUAUCUUAUCCCUGGUAUUUGAAUGCCUCCGGGGCUGUGUUGUCGUGGUGACCCUGAAUUGCCGACAGGGUUAGAGUUGCACCGAUGACGCGCAUCUAGCCGACUCGCUGUAUCAUGUUCAUACUGCGCUUCCUGCUGCAUUCCCACGGAUUAGACAUUUUUCGAGAUUGUAGACACAAACAUGGGCCCCGACAUCGUUUCUCGAAUUUUACUUUGCUGUUGGUAUACUUCAUGGCGUCGGCAAUUCUGCUCCUGUUCUACUUCUUCUCGGUGACGUCCGUCGUGUUAAGCUAUCCGAGCAUGGAUUACCAUCGUGGAGUCGACUGUAGAGAUUACAAGGAUGCGCUUUCAAAAACAUUUCUAUUUUAUGAGGCACAGCGUUCUGGAAAACUGCCGGACUCUCAGCGUGUGAAAUGGAGGAAGGAUUCGGGCCUCAGUGACGGAGAAACUGUAAAUGUGGACUUAUCAGGUGGAUACCACGAUGCGGGCGAUAAUGUAAAGUUCGGAUUCCCGAUGGCGUACUCCAUUACUUUACUGGCAUGGAGUGUCGUGGAGUACGGCGACUUUUUGCAAAAAGCGGAGGAGCUGCAAAAUGCACAUGAAGCCAUCCGCUGGGGAACGGACUUUCUCCUCAAAGCGCAUACGGGUCCAAACGAGCUCUGGGUCCAGGUGGGCGACGCAAACGCAGAUCAUAUGUGCUGGGAGAGACCAGAGGAUAUGGAUACGCCUCGAACGGCAUACAAAGUCGAUAAAGACAACCCUGGCUCGGACGUUGCCGGCGAAACAGCUGCUGCUUUAGCGGCCUCUUCCAUAGUCUUUCGAGACGCGGAUCCUGCGUACGCGAAGCGACUUCUUGCGAGUGCGCAGCAAUUAUUUGAGUUUGCGGACAACUAUCGAGGCAGAUACAGCGAUGCUGUGCCGGCGGCCUGUCCAUUCUACUGCUCCUACUCCGGCUACAAGGAUGAGUUGCUGUGGGCAGCCACCUGGUUAUACAAAGCUACGAAUGAUGAGGCCUAUCUUCGAUACAUCCUGAACAGUGCCGAUGAUUUUGGGGGCUACAAGUCUUACAGUGCUUCAACUUGGACACUAGAUUGGGAUAACAAAUUUGCUGGUGCGCAGAUUCUACUGGCGCAGACAUACUUGCUGGGGAACACAAAAUUCAAAGCGCAAAAAAACUGGGCAGAUAAAUUCGUGUGUUCGACGUUACCUGGUCUUUCAACUACCGAAGUAACAAUAACUCCAGGUGGACUUCUGUUUACAAAACCAGCUAGCAAUUUCCAGUAUGUGACAUCAACGGCAUUUCUACUGAUGAUCUAUGCAAAAUACUUGCGCAAAAGCUCUUCGCAGCUGUAUUGUAAUCACAUGCCCGUCUCAACGCAUACUUUGAGUAGUUUCUCGAAGCAGCAGGUGGAUUACAUUCUCGGAACCAACCCUAGCAAUAUGUCAUACAUGAUAGGAUUCGGCUCAAAGUUUCCCAAGCGCCUUCAUCACCGAGCAUCUUCGAUCCCUUCAAUACACGUGCAUCCCGCCAACAUCAGCUGCAGAGAUGGAUGGCAGUUCUUUGCAGAGACAACUGAAAAUCCAAAUAUACUUACCGGAGCGCUCGUUGGCGGUCCAGACAUCUUCGACAUUUACCAGGAUGCUCGUUGGAAUUUUGAACAGAGUGAGCCCACGAAUUACAUCAAUGCUCCUCUCGUGGGACUGCUGGCCGAAUUGUACGGUGUCAACGCAGUACCUUGUAAAAAACUAAAAGAUGGUGAGAAUGCGGAACCUUCGGCGGCCGAUGGCGUGAGUAAAAUCUGAUCAGCCUCUCAUUGUUAAUAUACAUGUGCAAUAUCCUCGAUUACGGACUCGCGAGUCCCUUGCUGAUCAGCUUUAGCCUUGUACAAUACCGGGGCCUGCACAUUCGAUACCCUGAUAAAUUGCCGAUUCUUCACGUGGUUGGAGAAUGGUGGGGGCCAUGGAUACCCGCAAUUUUAUAAGAUGUAACAAACUUUGGGAAGGACCUUCACACACAUCUCAUUCGGAGAAGCGAAUCGCUACCUACGCCCGACAUGGCCGGAAGAAACUGGUCAUCAUCGAGAGAGAAACAGCUAAGCCUUGCAGGGGACAACACAGUCGACUCUCUUUCUCUCUCAAUACUCAAAGUCGCUACUCGACAGAGGUAUGAUUUGUAAGGCCUCCAGGACCCAUAUCGAAUCAGAAACAUCGUUGUUACAUACAGAGAGCGGCAACUGAUUGUGGAGUUGUACCAAGAAAAUGAUCGACGACGAUCGAGAGAGUGGAUCCUUCUCCAGCAGCUUACUCAUGUACGUCAUUGGUCUUCCCUAGCUGGAAACGUCUAAAUCCGCCAGCCUUCUAUACUCAUGCUCUUUACGUUCUAGCUUGCUCUGCUCACAAGACAUCAUAUCAGCCUCAGAUCAGCCUCCCUGUACCUACUGCUGGGAAGGGUGAAUGGCUUUGGUGGAUGACAGGGGUGCGCUUACAGGAUAAUGAAAAGACUUGCCUCUGUUUCGUCUGCUCAAGGGUUGAUCAUUAUUACCCUCUUCGGUUCGGCCAUGAUACUCUCUUGGCCUAAGAGAGGACGUAGGAUUAUAGCAAUAGUGGUAGCUCAGGUUGUUACUCUAGGUUAGUUAGAUAUUGUUUAAGAUACAAACCAUUGAUUCCAUGGAUUAUCAACAAGUCGUAGGCUCCAACAUACAGUAGCACCAUCCUUACUGGGCGAUACAGGCACUUCGUUGUAAAAGGAGUAGCGCAGAAUAGCCCUGGUCAUGAGUCACUUCCUCAUGAUAGACGAGUUCGGUCGAGUUUUGCCAGUGACUUCGGCCGCCAAGCAGGGGCAUUCAUGUAAUACUUCUGCCCGUAUCCACAAUUCAAUAACACGAAUAAGGUUGAGC